AUGCAUUCCCUGUUGAGGUUGUGCUUUAUUCUGUUUCUUUUUGUAAUGCCCUGUACCUCUAUAUCUACUGAUGAGGAGAGCCUUAUGGACUUGAAGAAGUCCAUCACUUUGGAUCCUCUGAAUUUCUUAGCCAAUUGGACCCCUACCAUUCAUUUCUGCAAUUGGACUGGAGUUACUUGUGAUACAUCUAGCAACAGAGUCCAGUUUCUUGAGUUGGCAGAUAUGAGAUUAGAGGGUAGCAUCUCCCCUUCAAUUGGUAAUCUCUCAUUCCUCAUACAACUCGAUCUCAUUAACAACAGUUUUGUAGGCCGAAUUCCAGAGGAGAUAGGGCGAAUUCAAGGCCUAAAGACACUCUAUCUUUCAAUCAAUCUAUUACAGGGCUCUAUUCCAGCGAAUUUGACUUCUUGCAAGGAAUUAAAAGAAUUGAUCCUGGCUCGUAAUCGACUGACUGGAACAAUUCCUUCAGAGUUGGGUUUGCUUGCAAAUCUUCAGGUGCUUAAGCUUGGUUCCAACAAUCUUUCUGGUAUCAUCCCUCCCUCGUUAGGAAAUCUCUCCCAGCUGAAAACGUUGUAUAUGCGUGAUCUUGACCUUGAAGGUCACAUUCCAGCUGAACUGGGAAUGCUAUCUAGCUUGACCUCUUUUCUCCUGUUUGACAAUCCCCGUUUAACUGGCCCCAUUCCCUCAUCAAUCUCAAACAAUUCAGCCUUAGUAGAAUUGGCCCUUUAUAGCAACAGUUUGACUGGUACAAUCCCACCAGAAUUGGGCAAUCUAUCUCGCCUUAGAGUUCUAUAUCUCUGGGGCAAUCUGCUGAGAAGCACAAUCCCUGUCACAAUCGCCAAUUGCACAGAGUUGAGGAAGCUUGAUUUGGAGUUAAAUCAUCUCAGUGGAGAUAUACCUUUGGAACUCAGCAGGCUUUCAAAUCUUCAAACGCUGAGCCUCUCAUCGAAUCAGCUUGUUAGUGGCAGCUCUGUCACUAUCCCCAUCCUUACAGUUCUCCGCAAUUGCACCAUCCUGAAGAGACUAGAAAUUCACGACAACUAUUUGAGUGGAUACUUGCCAGAGCAGCUUCCCACAAAUCUCUCUGUCCUGAGACUAGAUGGUAACAACAUAACAGGAAGUAUACCUUCACUUAUUUCUAGCAUAACCAAUUUGGAAGACCUUUAUUUGUCUUCCGAUCUCCUUACAGGCCGCAUCCCAUCCUCUUUGAGAAGACUUCCUAGGUUGCAGAGACUUUUGCUCGAUAACAACAAGCUAGAAGGAAACAUACCCAGUGAGAUUGGAGAAAUAAGAAGCCUUGGGGAGCUAUCAGUAAGCCAUAAUAUGCUUUCCGGAGAAAUCCCUGAUACAAUUGGCCACCUUCAACAGUUAACCCAUCUUGUCCUUAACCACAACCAGCUAUCUGGGGCUGUACCUGCAAGUUUGGGAAAAUGUUACAAUCUGCAAUUGUUGGACCUCUCCAACAAUCAGUUCAAAGGAAGUAUACCCCAUGAAGUGGCUAGUCUUGCCAAUUUACAGUUUUAUUUCAAUUUGUCUAGAAACUCAUUGGAAGGAUCUCUGCCUCUGGAAAUUGGAAAGAUGAUUCAUGUUCAAGCUAUUGAUGUUUCAGCUAACAGGUUAGAAGGAACAAUUCCAGGCACCCUGGGAAGCUGUGAACAACUUGAAUAUCUGAAUCUUUCUUCAAAUGAAUUGCAAGGAUCUAUACCGACUUCUAUCAGUGGAUUAAAAAGUCUUGUUAGUAUGGAUCUGUCUUCCAACAACCUUUCAGGUUUGAUCCCUGUGUCUCUUAGGUUGUUGCAUAUGCUUGAGUAUUUGAACUUUUCUUUCAAUAACUUCAGUGGAGAGAUCCUAGAAGAAGGCAUCUUUAAAAAUUUGACAGCUGCAUCAUUUAUGGGAAAUAUGGGUCUGUGUGGGGAAUGGAUGCAAUUACCUGCAUGCCCUGUUCAUGCUAUUCAGCCUAAGGAGAACAACUACAGAAUUAGAAUAUUAGCACCAGUGGGUGGAACCAUUGCCUUCCUAUUAGUCUGUUUAUUGAUAUUGGGACUAAUUUACAGGAGGCGCAAAGUCAAGUGCGAUGGUCAUAGUGACAUGUUGCCCCUGAAACUCAUGGAUGAUAGGGGAGUUUCCUAUCAAGAAAUCCUUAAAGCCACGGAUGGAUUUAACGAGAGAAACUUGUUAGGGAUUGGUAGCUUUGGCUCAGUGUACAAAGGCAUUAUGGGUGAUGGUAGAGUUGCUGCUUUCAAGCUUAUAAAUUUAGAAAACGAGGGAGCCAGCAAGAGCUUCAUCAGGGAAUGCGAAGUGUUGGCAAAAGUUAGGCAUAGGAAUCUCGUAAAAAUCAUAUCUUUUGGUUCAGAAUUCAGAUGCAAAUUAUUGGUUCUAGAGUUCAUGUCCAAAGGAAAUUUAGAGACAUUGUUGCAUUCCAAUGAUAACCCAUUGACCUUCUGGGAGAUAUUGAAGAUAGCAAUUGAUGUUAUCCAUGGACUAGAAUAUCUGCAUCAUGAUAGUUUUGUAAAAGUUGUACAUUGUGAUAUAAAGCCCAGCAACAUUCUGAUGGACGACGACAUGACAGCACAUGUAGCAGAUUUUGGCAUUGCACGAAUGAUUUGUGGGCCUGACACCAGUACCAUUAACUCAGGAAGUAUUUCCACUCUAGCUCUGAAAGGGUCCGUGGGCUACAUUGCACCAGAGUACGGACUUGGCGCAAAGGUAUCAACUAUGGGCGACAUUUAUAGUUAUGGUAUUAUGCUGUUGGAGAUGGUAACUGGAAAGAGUCCAACCAAUCAUAUGUUUGAGGGAGGAUUGAACCUCCACAAAUGGGUAAACAUGCAUUUCGAUGACAGGUUGGAUGAGAUUAUUGACAUUAGAAUAAUGAAGGGUAUAAAAGAAUAUGAAAUAAAUCAAUGUGUCAUUCCUUUCAUAUUUAUUGCGUUGGAAUGUUCAAAGGAGUCCCCCAAUGAAAGACCCACGGCCAGAAAGGUGGUAGGAAGAAUGCAAACUAUAACGAGAACUAACCUUAAGGCUCAAUCCUUAUCAAGUUGA